GGGGUGGAAAAGGAAGAGGAUGGGCAGAAGUAGAGGACUUGCAUUUUAAACAAACUGCUUAGAAAAAAAGAGAGGAGAGAGAGAGAGAGAGGGAGAGUCAGCAUCACCGGAGAGCAAGAGAGAGAUAGGGGAGAGAUCGCAUUCUUAUCACGUCUACAUUUCUCUUCUCCUCUCUUUCGGUUCCGCCACUAAGAGAGGGUGAGGAAAAGAGGGGAGAGGGAAAGAGAGAGGGAGAGAGACAGAGAGAGAGGGAAAGAGAGUGAGAAGGGGAGGAAGAGAAGAAGAGAAACGAGAGAUUAACCAGAUUCAAACUAGUCAUCUUUUUUCCCGAUGCUUUCCAAUUGCACAACAAAACUAAGCCCGGCAUCGGACCGUGAGACGCGGGACGCACCGGGCAACGAUAGGACCCAACGCCGCAGGAGGAGGAUAUGUAAAGUUGGAAUCCAGCUAAACUAAUGCUGUGAAGUAGCUCUGUCCCUGGAGCUGAAACUUCAUUGCCGUGGUGUCAAGCGAGGAUGCUGUGGGUUACCUUGCUGAGCACCAUAGCCUUAGGAUGGACCACGCCAAUCCCGCUGCUGGAAGACUCAGAGGAGAUCGACGAGCCCUGCUUUGAGCCAUGCGAAUGCGAGGUCAAAGAAGGCAUCUUCCAUGUCCACUGUGACAGUAAAGGAUUUACAAAUGUCAGCCAGAUCUCUCAAAUUUGGAGCCAGCCCUUCAAGCUCAACUUGCAAAGGAACUCGAUGAGGAAGCUCUACUUCAACAGCUUCCUCCAUCUUAACAAUGCCAUAUCCGUCAAUCUUGGUAAUAAUGCCUUGCAAGAUAUACAUGCUGGGGCAUUCAAUGGCUUGGGCAUACUCAAACGACUCUUUCUGCAUGAAAACAAGCUAGAAGUUUUCCGAAACGACACAUUUCUGGGGUUGGAGAGUCUAGAGUAUCUCCAGGCAGAUUACAAUGUUAUUAAAAGGAUUGAAAGUGGUGCAUUCAGGCACCUUGACAAAUUAAGAGUGCUGAUAUUAAAUGACAAUCUCAUACCCAUGCUGCCGAAUUAUCUUUUUCGGUCUGUGUCCCUAACACAUUUGGACUUGAGAGGUAAUAGACUAAAGACAUUGCAGUAUAAAGGCACACUGGAGUAUGUUGGGCGGAGCUUGAUGGAAAUCCAGCUUGAGGAAAACCCUUGGAACUGUGUGUGUGAGAUUGUCCAGUUAAAAACAUGGUUGGAGCGAAUCCCUUACACAGCUUUGGUUGGAGAGAUCACUUGUGAGUACCCAUUCCACCUACAUGGAAAAGACCUGCGGGAAAUUAAACGCAGCGAGCUGUGUCCUCUGCUCUCCGAAGCAGAGAUUGAGGCCAAACUGGGAAUUCCCCGGGUGCCAUUCAGCAAUGAGAAUACUUGGCCUACUAAACCUUCCCCCAUAUAUUUCCCCUUUCACAACACAGCCUCUUCUGUGGAGAACAGAAGACCUGUGAAGCCUACUAAACGGUCCCGGCCCACUAAGAACCCCCCAACCCCUCGUAGCAUUUACCCGGGCCUCAACCAACCCCCCGUUGCUGGUUACCAAACAAGACCACCCAUUCCAAUAAUCUGUCCAGCUAGUUGUAUCUGUAACCUUCACAUCAAUGACCUGGGGUUAACAGUCAACUGUAAAGACAAAGGUUUUCACAACAUUUCAGAGCUUCUGCCACGACCCCUCAAUGCCAAGAAAUUGUAUCUCAGUGGGAACCUCAUACAGAAGAUCUACCGCUCAGAUUUCUGGAACUUCUCAAGUUUGGAUUUACUACAUUUAGGGAACAACAGGAUAUCAUAUGUCCAAGAGGGUGCAUUUAUCAAUCUACCAAGCUUAAAAAGUUUAUAUCUGAAUGGAAAUGACAUCGAGAGGCUCUCUCCUGGGAUGUUUCGUGGACUUCAGAUGCUGAGUUAUCUUUACUUUGAGUACAAUGUCAUCCGUGAGGUCCAGCCUCAUUCCUUCUCCCUAAUGCCCAAUCUGCAGCUGGUUUUCCUCAAUAAUAACCUGUUAAGGUCACUCCCAAAUGACGCCUUUGCAGGCACCAACCUUGCACGUCUUAAUCUCCGCAGCAAUUACUUUGUUUCCCUGCCUGUUCAUGGUGUUCUGGAGCAUCUGACAUCCAUUGUACAAAUCGAUCUCCAUCAGAACCCCUGGGACUGUUCAUGUGAUAUUAUCCCACUCAAACAAUGGCUGGAAAAGCUCUCCUCUGUCAUUGUGGUGGGGGACGUCACCUGCAAGACACCAGAGUAUGCCUCUGGAAAGGACCUGCGCUCACUUGAGGUUGAGGUCAUCUGUCCUGAGUUGAAACAUUUCUCAGGUCCCUCGCCAGCUCUGCCUGGUGGGAAUGACCUCACCACAGGGAGCUCUGAACUAGGUAAAGCAGGUGGGAGAGGGGCUGUUCCACUGUCAGUUCUCAUACUCAGCCUACUUAUCUUGUUUAUUUCAGCUGUGUUUGUGACUGCUGGGCUCUUUGCCUUUGUCCUCCGUCGUAGGAAGAAACUACCUUUCCGGAAACGUUCUGAGGUGGACCUAACAGGGAUUCAGAUGCAAUGCAGGAUUUUUGAGGAUCCGCCCAGGCAAAGCAGUUCUGGGAAUACUGGCACGCCGGAUAAACAAGCACCCAAUUUGCACACACACUCACACACUACUCAUACACACUCCCAUGGCCACGUUUAUGAUUACAUCCCCCACCCUGUGACUCAGAUGUGUAACAACCCUAUCUAUAAACCUAGAGAAGGAGAGAUUGCAGAGGAGGAGAGGGCACAGUUUGCAGAAAAGAAAGACAAUGGCAGCAGUAGCAACAGUAACUACAGAACCUUGUUGGAGAAAGAAAGAGAGUGGACCUUGGCGGUCUCCAACUCUCAACUCAACACCAUUGUUGCAGUCAACCACACCACAGCGGACAUGUCAGGAUUUCAUGAGAAUGGAGGACUCUGCCCUACAGUGAUUGAUAGUCAGAGACCCACGCCAACAGUGGGCUUUGUAGACUGUUUGUAUGGGACCGUACCCAAAUUAAAGGACAUGCAUGUUGCACAUGCGCAUCCACCAGGCAUGCAAUACCCAGAUCUGCAGCAGGAUGCACGGCUGAAGGAGACGUUGCUUUUUACAGCCGGGAAAGGCUGCUACCCUGAUCCCUCCAAAAGUGAUUACCUUGAGUUAAGGGCCAAACUUCAAACCAAGCCAGAUUACCUCGAAGUCUUGGAAAAAUCCUACAGAUUUUAAUGACUGUAGCCCACAGGAGAAGAAAUAAAAACACAAAUUUGUCAUAUUCACUUUGCCACCAUCUAACAAAAUCACUUAGACCAAUAUUCAAAGAAAACAAGAAGCAGCAUGAUUUAAAAGUAAUACGUAAAAUUAUACAGCCACAAUACCCCCACACCCACCUAAAAUCACCUUGGAGGAGAGGUCAUUCUCAGAUGUUUCAAUUAAGUGCCUUUUUUUCAGAGUAGCCAGCAACGUCAACCCUUAUUUUUAUAAUAUAGAAAUAUCUCUAUAUGCCCUCAAGAAAGCAAACGAGAAAAAUAGGGGGGUUCUGGGAAAUGAAAAACACAAAAACCAUGUUACAUCUGUCACUAAAAUCCACUGGUAUGGAGUUAACAUGAUGUGCUCCUAGUUACCAUGAGGACGAACGGGAGCUGGACGUCUCCCUUAAUUUUUGGUUUUUAUAUUGGUUUUUCUCUCUUUUACCCCUCAACUGGGAUGUACAAACACCUGGAAUCUGUGCACAUUUUUUUCUUUAUAUAACACAUUAUGAAUAGAGUCUAAAAGAACAACUUAUAUUCAAACUGAACUGCAGUUUGCUGCAUGCGCUCGCUUCAGUGCAGGAAGUGAGACGAUUUACUAAGAACUUUUAAGUCACUCUAUGAACAGAGAUACUGCAACACAUCUAUGGUUUAGUGUUGUAUUUAAUUUUUUAUAUCUUAUUAUGGUUAUUACUAUUAAUGAAGACUUAUGUCUUAUAUCAGGGUGCUUCUUGUAAAGAAAAGGAAGUGCCAAUGCAGGGAUGGUAAAACAUUUGUGAAUAUUAUUAUGAGACCUUACUGAGGGGUUUUCUGGAUAUUUCCACACUCUUUGUUAAAACCCCACCCCCUCAUCACUUUUCAUUGCUUCUGGAUUUCCCAUUGCAACCCACUAACAGCUUUGUAGUAAGCACUUUUAAUGUUUUCUCUUUCACAAAAAUUUGAAGAAAGGUGUGCAUAUAUUUAUUCUGUAAUUUCAGUGAAGAAUUUUAUUGUAAAGAUAAUGUUAAAUCAAUGUAUAGUGAUUAUGAGUCUGGUAUAGCCUUCUUAAUAAAAGCAAACUCUUUACUCUAA